GUCAGGUGCUGGGCAUAUUGUUCAGUUUCCUCUUUCUCGAGGGCAAUCUAUUAGGAAGCAUCCCUAAGAGUGUGCUGCGAUUUUCCGAGCAAGAGAGCGAGCGAGAGCAAGAGAUAUUACGGAAAGGAAACGCCAUGACGGGAGAAGAGGUCGCGGGUCCUGCCGCCCCCAAGGUCCUCCGUCUGCUAUAUUUUGUCGGUGCUGGAUUCAUUUGCACGGCUGCAAUUAACAAGUGGCGGCAGCUGGAGCGUAAAGCAAUGCUACAGAAGCAGCAGGGGAAUCAAUUGCCUGAAGAUUCAGCAAACGCGGUGCAAAAGGCCGUCGAUUAAUUGUAAGUUUCUUUACUUUCUUUUCACCGUUAGAGUUUGAUUAGGAGAAGAAGACGAUGUUAAACUAUGACGUAUGUUAUUGAUUGGAGAUUGUAAUCUUCAAAACAUGUAGCCUUUUCCGUUUCCUGAUCCUUUUAAUCGCCUUUUUUCAAGGAAUAGGAAGAGGAAAAUUGUUGUUGGGAGCAUGUAAAUGUUUCAAUGCUUUCCAUUGCUAGACUUCUUUGCUGAGCACAUUCGAGUGUGGGUGCAUAUGCCAUUCUAAACGGUUACAUAUACAUGAGGAGAAGAGGAAAACGAAUGUAGUACUUAAAUUCACAACCA